AUUGUCAAAACAACGGUACCCGCUGAUGUCCCACAAAACCCAAACACUGGCCACGGUCGCUAGCUGAAAAGCAUAGGAAAGGAAGAGGCUCAGGCCCAGCGUCAGUGACAUUAUUUUGUUACAGUAGUUUUUAAGGUGGCAUCUGAACUUUUUGUUACGUCCUUUUUGAAUCUUUUGGAACUGAAGUCAAUCGGGGUUGUCUCAUGCGUUUACAGAAAACUGUCAAAAAGAGGGAAGAGGUUGUUUUGAUGUGCGUGGCAUCAAGACAAGAGGCACCAUGAGUGCGGAGCUGGAUGCACUGACUGUGGUGAACCAGCUGCGAGAUCUUGCCGCAGACCCCCUGAACCGAAGAGCCAUAGUAGAAGACCAAGGCUGUCUCCCGGGUCUCAUCCUUUUUUUGGACCACCCCAAUCCGCAGGUCGUCUACUCGGCACUAUUGGCCGUGCGUUACCUGGCAGAAUGUCGAGCCAACAGGGAGAAGAUGAAGGGCGAGCUGGGCAUGAUGCUGAGUUUGCAGAAUGUCAUGCAGAAGAGUACGUCACCUGGGGAGACCAAACUGCUGGCCUCUGAGAUCUAUGAGAUCUUGCAGUUGGCCGGUAAAGAAGAGGCCGAACAGGCCGAGGCGGCGGCUGCCUCCUGCCAGCGUAAAGCCCAGUUCUUCCUGGGCUCCAACAACAAGAGGGCCAAAACGGUGGUGCUGCACAUCGACGGACUGGAUGACUCUGCUCGAAGGAGCCUUUGCGAGGCGGCGUUGCUGAAAAUUCGAGGGGUCAUCAGCUUCACCUUCCAGAUGGCUGUCAAGAGAUGCGUCGUGAGGAUCCGCUCGGACCUCACAGCGGAGGCUUUGGGCACAGCUAUCAAGUCCACCAAAGUGAUGAUUGCUCAGCAGGUGGUGAGGACGGAGGGCGGGGAAGAGCUGAUCUUGCCAUUCCAGGAGGGCUCGGAGGCGCUGGUGGAGGAGAACACAGACAUCCCGGACUAUCUGCCCGAGGAGGAGAGUCCCUCCGAGGAGCAGGACAAAGCCGUCACGCGCGUGGGCUCCAUCACAGACGGCGUGGGCUGGCUCAACACGGCCGCCAACUUCCUGACCCGCUCUUUUUACUGGUGACCACUUCCGGUGUUUAUUUCUUUUCCUCCCCCCUCCCCCACCUCUCCGCUCCCGGUUUUUUACUCAUCCAGCCGAAGCCUUAGCAUCUCUCAGCGUUGUCCCGGACGAAGCACCGCCCCCCCCCCCCGUCCCCCCUCACGGCCACACGCUAGCCUAGACUCCCCGCCGCCACGCGAGCAGAACCCGGCCGCGUGUGUGUGUGGACUGCCGAGUGGAACCUACGAUAACAUUUAACACGUGUACAACAUGAGGCUACUCAUCCUGCUGCUGGCUGUGCACAGCUCUGAAUCCCACGAGACACGGCCAGAGGACUCGUGUGCAGCCGAAACCAAACCUGUCGCCUCGCUGACCGAGGGGGACGUGCGGCGCGUCAAAAUGUUGCCGAAGGCCGGUUUUGAGCACGUUGAAAAUUGGGAGUUCCCUUUUUUGCAUGAUUUUUGCUUUGUCUCCUGCGGUGGUCUACUCUCCAUCGGAGUUUUUCUCUCUUUCGCUCUCUUUUUUGGCGUACAUUUUCAAAUACAGUUAUUAAUUUUCUUCCUUCGCCCCUCAGUUUUAUUAGCAUGCAGAGUAUUUGUGCCAAUCUUGCCCGAAUUGCCUAGAUCUGUGACAUUUGUGUGUGCCUUUUUUGACAUUUUACUUUCAAACAUAUUAGCUAUGUUUUUUUUUUUUUCUUUUUUUUUUUCCCCAUCAGUCAUUCAAAUAAUUUCCGCAAACGCAUCCGAGGUGGCAGCCGCCGCCACCUUCUUCCUCUUUAAGCCUCACGAGGGACGUCUUGUCGGUAGUAACGGUAAACUGGACGCCAGCAAGAGGCCGCGCCGCCCACUCAACCCCAGCCCACACAAAUUGGUUUGUCGCACACGGAAGGAAGGAAGGAAGGUCCCUAACUAUUCAAAACGCCGUGUCGAGCUGGACUCUCCGCAGCGGCGGUGAACUGCACGGCGCCUUAUAUUCUUCUGUAGUAUUAGUAAAUCCCUCGACCAGCAUCUAGAAGACAAACCUGAUCGCUUUCCCGUGUCACCUGGACUCCCACUGACAUUUCCACAGUAUCGUUGUCCCACCGGUUCAGUUCAAUGUCUUAGCUUAGCCGGCAGUGUCCUUAAGAGCAAAGAUCACACUGGUGCACGCUCCCAUACACACACACACACACACACACACACACACACACACACACACGCGUACAGAGGACUCACUCAUAUGAGCAGUAGUGCUAUACUGGAACGGUGGGGUUAUGUACAUUUUGUAAAUUGUGCCUGGUUCCCUAAAAUCUCAAACCUUCCAUGUGAAGGAAUUUUUUGUUCUCUUUCUGUAACACUGAUUUGCAUUUUCUGUCAUCACAUAAGAUUACACAGCUAACCCUGACACUCUUAGUGACUUUAUUCCUUUCGUUUAGCCCCAUGACUCACUCCAGGUUUAAUUAUCAUCUCCUCUGACUUGUGUGGGUGUCAUUAAUGAUUAUUAUAUACCAUGCUGACCAAGUGACUUUUAUUGUUCUGGUGGUGCGGAGAUGUCACAGUUGGUUGAGGUCAAGCGGAUAGUGGAAUGGCACAGAAUGACCUGAAUAAUCUGAACUGUUGGGGGUUAUUCUCUGCAACAGCAAUAGUAUUUUUUGCAUUACAUGUAGUUGUAGAACAGCAUCAACCUUCAAAAUAUUUUGGGAAUAAAAGGUUCCAAAUUAGGAUUAUCAUCAGUAUUAAAACAUCUCUAUCUGUCCAUCUAUUGGCACAGACAGAAUCUCAAAGUUACAUCUUGUAAUUUAAUUUUUUUUAAAUUGUUGCUCUCAACUGCAAAGAAAUAACUGUUUCUUAGGACUGUUCUUACAUGUUGAUCAAAGUGUAAAUUUCCCUCAACUGCUAGAUUAACCAUGUCUAUAAAGAAUGAAAAGAAAAACAAACAAACCUUAAUGUAACCAUGUGUACAGACUUCCUGUGUCUGUCAUCAAAUGUAAUAUAAUGCCCUGCGGAUCCUAAACGUGUACAUUGCCAUAGACUGUUGAUGCAAACGAUCAUAAACUUAAAAUCAGAAUGUG